AUGGCCUCCAAGACCUGGAAUGUCGGAGUGGUGGGGUACGGCUUCAGUGCCAAAAUUUUCCACAUCCCCUUCGUCCAGGAAGUUCCCCAGCUUAAGCUCUACGCUGUCGUCCAGCGUACCCCCAAGCCCGAGGAUGAUGCCGAGAAGGACCACCCCGGCGUCAAGUCCUACCGCACGACCGAGGACCUGGUCAAGGAUGACGGCGUGGAUGUGGUGAUCAUCACGACUGCCCCCGACUCGCAUUUCGACCUGGCGAAAUUGGCCCUGGAGAAUGGAAAGCACGUUAUUUGCGAGAAGCCGUUCACCCCCACUUCCCAGGAAGCCGACGAGCUGGUCGCCAUCUCCAAGAAGCACAACAAACUUUUGGCGGUUUACCAAAACCGUCGAUGGGACGCCGACUUCGUCACCCUCUCGAAGCUGGUGAAGAACGGAUCGCUGGGCCGCUUGGUGGAGUUCGAGACGCACUUCGACCGUCAUCGCCCGCAGGAGCCUUCGUCGGACGCGCACAAGUGGAAGAACAAGGUCAUCCCCGGAGGAAGCGCCAUCUAUGAUUUGGGAACCCACCUGCUGGACCAGGCCGUGCACCUUCUGGGAUUGCCGGACCGAAUCACCGGCUUCAUCGGCUCGCAGAGAGAGGUCAACACCUCGGGAUUCGAAGACUCGUUCACCGUCUUGCUGCAUUACAAGUCCGGCCUUCUCGUCACGGCCAAGGCGGGUGUCGUCAGCCCCGAGGAGGAGCAGCUGCGAUUCUGGGUUCGAGGAGAGAAGGGUAGCUUCAAGAAGUUCCAUCUCGAUAUCCAGGAGGAUCAACUCAAGGAGGGAGUGAAGCCCGGAGACAGCGGCUACGGUCGCGAGCCCAGUGAAAGAUACGGCGCCCUGACGACCAUCCAAAACGGCAAGCCCGUCAAGGAGGUCACUCCCACGGUGGAGCCCCCUACCUACACCGAAUACUUCAGGAAGUUCGCUCGGGCUCUCGCUGGCGAGGGUGACCUCCCCGCCAGCGGUGCGGAAGCCCGCGACGUGAUCCGGUUGAUCGAGCUGGCGAAGGAGAGCUCCAAGACCGGUCGGACUUUGGACGUUUAG